AUGGGUAAUACACUAACUGAAUUGGGUGAUAAUGGGCACCAUCUGUUUGAUGAAAUGUCUGAAAUAAGUUUUGAUUUUGGAUAUGUUAACUACUAUUGCCUCUGGGUUGGGUUGUACAGAAAAUCAAUAUCAAAAUGUAUGCUAAAAGAGUCUAGUAAUAUCUCAGAUUAUGAUAUGGCUCACACAGUCGCGCAUUCUUUCAUGAUGGCGAUUAUCAGUAGCUCCAAAUGUGCUAAUGACUGCUUGGAAGAAGGUUCAAAGCUACAGUUUGGAACGAGCAACAGUAGUCUUGUGUCUCCUAAUAGAGUAUUUGAGCUCAGAUUCUUCAUUCCUGAAGGGAACAGCAAAAAUUGCUGGUAUUUAGCCAUAUGGUACUUUGAUCAGUACGAUUCCAAGAUAAUCGUGUGGGUUGCUAAUAGAAAUAAGCCGCUGCUGGAAUCUUAUGGCACCCUUGUCAUAAAAGAUGGCGAGGUCAAGGUGUUGCAUACAAAAGGUAUGAGUUAUUGGUCAGCUGAUGUAGCUAAAGUUCAAAACGCAAGUUUGUGUCUGCAAAACCGUGGUAACUUAGUUUUAUAUAAUAGGGGGCGAGGAGAAGCUGGAAAACAGUUAUGGUGGCAGAGCUUUAAUUUCCCAACUGACACAAUUCUUCCUGGAAUGACCAUGGUUGACGAAAAUUCUAUUUUUACAUCAUGGAAAAAUCGUAAUGAUCCAACACCGGGAAGCUAUGUUUUUAAGUGGCAAGGGAAUAAAUUGGUUGUAUUGAAAGGAAUUACAAAAUUAUUGGGAGAGCUGGGUUUCACCUUUUGA